AUGAGUACAGAGAUUGAAGACGUUGCAAAAUCAACAUCAGAUGAUGAUACAAUUCAAGAGUUCCACAAAGAGACAAGAUACGAAUAUAAGAAAGGGUUUCUUUUAUCAUUAGCUGAAAUUGAUGAAUGCAAGAGGUUACCAAGUGGGUUUGAUUCAUCAAUUUUAUGUGAACUCAAUGCUGCUGCAACUACUAGAACAACAUAUCUGCUUUAUGAUUCGGGCCGAAGGGAUGGCAUCCAAUCUCUCGAUUCAUGGCUGAAUCCUGCUAAUGGACUGCCACAACAGAAUCCUGCUAAUGAUCAUUCACAGCAGUAUCCUGCUUUUGGACAUCCACAGCAGAAUCCUGCAAAUGGACUUCUGGGAAACAGGUAUCUUCUUAGAGCACCUGUAUGUGUAGCCUGGUCAUCUGCUCAAAAUGUUCAAAGUUGUAAUCUGCUCAACAAAAGUAUUGCACCAUAUCGGCCUCCACACCUUUAUAAGGUGAACCUUCUUUCUGGGGGAGAGAAUAAAGAUGAAAAAGAUGGGGAAACAUUUGGUUUUACGGAGUGUCCAAGACUUGGGACUGCAGAAGGUGAAAGAAGGGGAAGAGAUUCACCUGAAUGGACUGGGAAGGAACAUAAAAAUGGUGUUCAAGAGAACCGAAAGAAUAUUUCAGAUGAGCACAAAGAAAACUUGGACCCAGAUGUUGCCGCUCUCCUGGAUGAUUUCAGAACCGAGAACAGGCUUUUAAACAAGUGCAGUCAAUCAGAGGAAUGGCCGCUAUCAUCAACACCAGGUGAUGCAAGCCCUUGUUCUUCCACACCAAGAACUAUAAUCAGCAAACUAUUACCCCAUGAGAUAAUGAGCAGGUGCAACGAAUCAGAGGAAUGCUUGGUGUCGUCAAAUAAAUAUGACGCAAGGCCCUAUUAUUCCAUGCAAAGUUCUAUUCUCAGCAAACUGUUACCCCAUGAGCUGGUGAGCAAGUCUCCGGAGCAAAGUCUUGAAACAAAAUCCAACAAAAAGGCUAAACAACACGAGGUCACAAGUCUUCAGUUAGUCUCUGAUGAAAUUUGUUUGCCUGAUGAGGACAGUUUGAUUACUUCUGAUGACUUCAAACUACCAACGGACUUGGUGUUAUUGCCUGAAAGUAACGUGACUGAAACCGAUAUGUUUGCUUCUAGUUCAAGAAUGCCGAGAAAUGUUUCUCAGAUGCUAGCUGCUUUAAAUAUCCCAUUGGAUGAAAGAUCUCAAUCCAGCUUGGAAGUUCCCACUACCUAUUCUGGUUCUGACAAUAUAAAUGGCUUAGAGACUUCUCAUGGCAAUCUGCGUGCCGGGCAAGAUUUCCCACAAUCCCAUCAUUCUCAGACAAACCAAAGCCGCGCUUUGUUCUGUUCUUCAGACUCUCAAGGAGCUCGUAGGAAUAAAUUCAUGCCCCAUUUGAAGAACCUUUCUUACAACCAUCAUCCUAUCAGCUAUAUUCCUUUAUACAUGCUUCCCCUAGACACAUACGAUGCAUCAACCAGCUUUGACAUCCCUACCAUGCAACGUUUGCCCCAACAGAUCCUAGUUCCUGCUGAAUUUCCUCACCAAGUAAAUGGAUUGCCAAGGGGACCAUCUUAUUCCCCCAUCAACGGAGUGGCUUCUUAUUCUCAAGGGAACCAAAUGCAAACUUCUCCUCUGAACUAUUGUCAUCAAACUUAUAAGGACUCUAUAACAACAAGUCCAGGUUGUCAUGUAGUUGCAAACAGUGAUCAAGCUGCCACCAACAACAGGCUUCAAGAGAUGGAACACAUAACCAACCAGAUGCAUCCUGGCUGGCCGUGGACAGGGAGUGUUCAACAAUUCAGCCGAUAGUUACUGGAAAGCAUCUUCUCAUACAUGUAUCUCAAGCCAUGGUAUGAGAAACUCGUACUUGUAAGAAUAUUUCUUUAGGAAUAGAUUGAUCCGCAGGUAUGAUUCCAUUUUGAGUCAGUAUUUGAGGAAGACACCAGAUUUAGUACUACGUCUUGAAACAUAAGAGGGUACAUAUUUCAGAAACAGAAGGGUAGGUGAAUAUACAGAUAAAAUUAGUUCGCUUAACAUGCUUGUUAAUCGUGAAGACAUUUGCAUGCUCCAGGUCACUGCAGACCCGAAUUCAAAUACUCACUAUCAUCAACCAUGCCUUCCUUCUGCUGUUACAAUCAACACAAAAACCUUGUGAAGAUCGAACUUGUGUAGCUCCAGCGUUAACCUUAAACCUAAGUCUGUGCGUCUCAGUUACCGAUCGACCAGCCAAAAAUUUAUCUGUAUGCAGGGGCGGAGCUAGAAAAAAAAACUAAGGGGGGCAAAUUAAAAAUUAAAAGGAACAAAGUUAAAUUUUUAAUUAUUUUUACAAUAUUUACAGGGGAGGGGGCUGGGAAAAAAAUUUCCUGCAGGGGCCGGGGCCCCUGCCAGCCCCCCCCUGCCUCCGCCACUGUCUGUAUGGUAUGUGGUUGAUAGGAUGAGGGCAUGAUUUUCAUGAGAUAGACACAUAAGCCCCCAUAAGAAAGCCAUAUGAGGCCCUGACUUAAUAAAAGCAAAGUUGCAUAUGACAUCUACCAAAGAUGCUCGGAGGCCAAAUUCGGGGGACCUUCAAGGCUGAUCAAGGGAGUCAUGUUACCCAACAUAUUUCCCUCAAUAAAUCCAAUACCUGCAACCUAUAAGUUCUGCUGCAAAUCUAGAUUUAUGUUUGUAUACCAAUGGUUUACUUGUCAUUCUUGUUUAAUCAAUCACUAUAUUCUAUAUGGAGCCCAUGAGCGCUUAGCCGACAACCCUAACCUGACCAGGAGAAGGAAAGCUUCAUGGGGUCGGCACUUCUCAUCAUUACACCCCUCUCCAUCACACGAAUGAGAGGACACAAGUGUAAGGAAGGAGAGGUACCAUCUCGAGGUGCGAAGAACAAUGGGAACACGGGUAAGAUGAAAGAGAUGAAGAAUUCCAUUUCAAAUGAACAAGUAUAAAAGAAAAUUUUCAAUGUUUGAAGUAGCGGAUUACAACUUCAUCAAAAGGCCGUGCAUGUAGCCAAAUAAUAUACAUAUACCCUAUUGAGCAAGAGACGGUACAGGUUU